UCUACUCUUCUUCUUCUUCUUCUUCUUCAUAUUGAUAUUGAGAUGGGAGAUGAUAAUGUAAACCUCCCUCCAGGCUUCCACUUCUAUCCAACUGAUGAAGAACUUGUGGUUCAUUUCCUCAAUCGUAAGGCAUCGCUCUUACCUUGCCAUCCAGAUGUCAUUCCCGAUCUCGAUCUCUAUCCAUACGAUCCAUGGGAACUUGAUGGUAAGGCAUUGCAAGGAGGUAACCAGUGGUAUUUCUACAGCCGAAGAACUCCGAAUCGAGUUUCAGCUAAUGGGUAUUGGAAGCCUGUAGGUAUGGAUGAACCAAUAAUUUCAAAUGCUGGUAAGAGAUUGGGCUUGAAGAAGUGUCUUGUAUUCUACGUCGGCGGCGGCGAAACACCGGCUGAUGGAAUCAAAACCAAUUGGAUAAUGCAGGAAUACCGACUUUCAGAUUCCGGUUCUAGUAGCAGGACGUCUUCCAAAAGAAAAGGAACUUCAAAACUAGAUUCAAGCAAAUGGGUCCUUUGUCGAGUCUGCGAGAGGAAUAGUGGUUCUCAAGGGGGAUUUGGAGACGACGAUGACGGAGAUGGCACAGAGCUUUCAUGCUUAGAUGAAGUUUUCUUGUCAUUAGAUGACCUUGAUGAAAUUAGUUUGCCAAAUUAGAUU